AUGAAACACUUGCUAACCUAUCUUCCUCUCCAACAGCAAACCCCAGCCUCGCCAGACUCUGUGAAUUCGCCAGCGCCUUUGAACCUCACACCCAGCCGGGCCCGCAACAAAUUCGCCGAACGCCUUGCCUUGCGCGCCAAAGAAGCCGCCGAAGAAGAAAGCGCCACUCUACAAGCUUCAGAUCCGGAUAGUGCGGAUGCAGCGGCUGUGCAGCAAGCUUUUGAGAUGCCUGUGGAGCCUCUGAGUGACUUGCCUGAUCUCGAUCUCUCAGCCGUCACGGAACGACAGAUUAAUGAGCUCAUCGGCAACACUGGUGCGUCGGGAGAGCAAGGCAGAGUGGUGUCUGCAUACUCUUCUUCGUCGUCUUCAUUGGACUCUGCGUCCUCGGAUGAAGACGAAGACCCGGUGAUUCCAAGCAACGAUAUUGGAGGGGAAGGAACUGUGGGGGUCAAACGCCGCCCUAGCACCACGGAAGCUAAGAAGAGAGUUCCUAUCGAUGACGGAGAGGAGGAUGAGCAACACAGGCCUCGAGUGCAGAGGACAAUAUCCGAUCCAUUCGAGAGCCCUGAGGAUAGCAGUGGAGAUGAGAGUAGUGGUGAAGAAUUGAGUUUUGGGAGAUAG